GGUGCUGGAGCGGGGGAGCCAGGGUGCUGGGCAUGGGGGGGCGAAUGCCCCAGGUGCCGUCUGUUUCCUGGGCAGCUCUGCGGUCAUGGAUGUGUUCCAGAAGGUAGAGAAGAUCGGAGAGGGUACCUAUGGAGUGGUGUAUAAGGCCAAGAACAAGGAGACUGGGCAGCUCGUGGCCCUAAAGAAGAUCAGGCUGGAUUUGGAGACCGAGGGUGUCCCAAGCACCGCCAUCAGGGAGAUCUCCCUUCUCAAAGAACUUAAGCACCCCAACAUUGUCAGGCUGCUGGACGUGGUACAUAGCGAGAAGAAGCUUUACCUGGUUUUCGAGUUCCUCAGCCAGGACCUGAAGAAGUACAUGGACUCCACCCUGGCCUCUGAGCUCCCCCUGCACUUAGUCAAGAGCUACCUCUUCCAGCUACUGCAGGGGGUGAAUUUCUGCCAUUCUCAUCGGGUCAUCCACCGAGACCUGAAGCCCCAGAAUCUGCUCAUUAAUGAGUUGGGAGCCAUCAAGCUGGCAGACUUUGGGCUGGCUCGAGCCUUUGGGGUGCCUUUGCGCACCUACACCCACGAGGUGGUGACACUGUGGUAUCGCGCCCCCGAGAUCCUCUUGGGCAGCAAGUUCUAUUCGACUGCUGUGGAUGUCUGGAGCAUCGGUUGCAUCUUUGCAGAGAUGGUAGAGAGAGGGACAAAGCAUGGCCACAGGGAGGCCACAGGCAAACAUUUUCUUUGUGAGCUAUGCAGCUGUUCUGACUGCUUAUCUGGUAUUGGAUUGGGCUUGACAGAGCUGUGGACACACAUCUCCUCUUCCCCAUUCCAGGUAACUCGCCGAGCCCUGUUUCCUGGUGACUCUGAGAUUGACCAGCUCUUUCGUAUUUUUCGGACCCUGGGGACGCCCAGUGAAGCCACGUGGCCGGGAGUCACCCAGCUGCCUGACUAUAAGGGCAGUUUCCCCAAGUGGACCAGGAAGGGGCUGGAGGAGAUUGUGCCCAAUCUGGAGCCAGCAGGCAAGGAUCUGCUCAUGAAACUCCUGCAAUGUGACCCCAGCCGGCGGAUCUCAGCGAAGGCGGCCCUGGCCCACCCGUACUUCUCUGCCGAGCCCUCCCCGGUCCCCCGCCAGUGCGUGCUGGAGCGGUUCUGCCGUUGAGAAUAUGAGACCCACCACCUACAAUCCUCUCUCCAGCUGCUGUCCCACCCACUACCAAGAAAGAGAAUGAAUCUGGGGAGAUAGAAAAGCUCUGAAGAAUUGGG